AUGGAGAACAACAGCCAGCUGGUCUUCGCGCUGCACGGCCUCAACCACACGGCCCUGCAGCGGCAGGUGUACUUCUCCUUCGCCCUGGCCUCCUACCUGCUCACCAUCCUGGUCAACGUGGCCCUGGUGGCCACGGUGUGCGCGGAGGCGGCGCUGCACCAGCCGCUCUACAUCUUCCUGUCCAACCUGUGCCUGAACGGGCUGCUGGGCGCCUCCAGCUUCUACCCCAAGCUGCUGCACGACCUGUUGGCCGACGCCCACCGCGUCUCCUACGCCGGCUGCCUGCUGCAGAUGACCUUCACCUACAGCUACGUCUUCUGCGAGUUCUGCAUCCUGACCGUCAUGGCGUACGACCGCUACCUGGCCAUCUGCAGGCCGCUGCAGUACCACGGCGUGAUGACGGCGCAGAGGGUGGCGCGGCUGCUGCUGCUCUGCUGGCUCUUCCCGCUGCUGGAGGCCCUGCUGGGCGUGUCGCUGACCGCCCGCCUGCCGCUCUGCGGCCACCACAUCCACAAGCUCUUCUGCACCAACUGGGAGGUGGUGAAGCUGGCGUGCGGCGACACCACGCUCAACGACAUCUACGGCUACGUGCUGAUGCUCUCGCACGUGUCGCAGGCCGCGCUGAUCCUGCUCUCGUACGGCCACCUGGUGCGCGCCUCGCUCAACUCCAGCUCCCACCGCCGCAAGGUGGCGCAGACCUGCCUGCCCCACCUGGUGGCGCUGCUGGUCUUCACCGCCAUGCUGCUCUUUGACUCCAUGUUCUCGCGCUACGGCGGGAGCCUGCAGGCGCUGCAGAACAUGCUGGCGGCCGAGUACCUGGUGGUGCCGCCGCUCAUCAACCCCAUCAUCUACGGCAUCAACCUGCAGCAGAUCCGGACGCGGCUCCUGCGCGGCUUCGGCCUCGGCAAAGGAGGCCCGGCUUGA